AUGGCUCGCCAUCCGGUCCAGCGAUUCUCAUCUCCAUCUCGCAGACUGUCUCUCCUCUUUCACUUACUCGGCACCGCUGAUUUCGCCUAUUGCCUCUACUGUCUGACACGCUGGAAAUAUCCACGAACAAAUGGCUUUGGAUGGCACUUCCAGUACAUCACCAACAUCGGUCUGGGAUUGUCCACAAUCUCUUUCGCCUUGGGAGCCCUGGCCGACAUUACUUCAAGCUCAACCAUAUUCAAGAUUAAGAACACACUAUCCGUCUUGGGCGCGCCUCUCGAGGUCACCGUUACCAUUUUAUACUGGGGAAUCGUUGCCAUGGGGCGCAGCCUCAUAGUCCAGGCUGGUUUCAAGCUUCCUUUACUUCUUAACUUGGGCUUCCAUCUUGCGCCGGCAAUCUUUCAAAGCUUGGAUUACAUUCUCUUUAGCCCGCCUUGGACAUUAUCCACCUCUGGGCUUGCGGCUCUCAGUGCUGCCUUUGCUUAUGGGUAUCCAUACCCUCUGCUUGAAGUCCUCAAUACACCCCAGCAGUUGCUUCUUCACUCUCUUACCGGGAUGCUCGUCUUUGCCUCGUCUUGCAUUCUCAAUCGGGCUUAUACAAAGGCUAAUGGAUCUGCACCUUCUGGAAGGAAGCAGACAACUGAGUUUGUGAAAAAAACAAGAGUAGUGCUUUUCUUGGCUGGUACCCACUAG